CCCCCGGCCGGCUCGGCGCUGACUCCGCCGCACGCUGCAGCCGCGGCUGGAAGAUGGCGGGGAACGACUGCGGCGCGCUGCUGGACGAAGAGCUCUCUUCCUUCUUCCUCAACUAUCUCGCCGACACGCAGGUUCCCAGGUGGUUCUGCCCCUGCCGGUCCUGGGACCACCCUCUGAGAAGCAUCAGUUCGGUCGGUACUGUUACCAGGUCCUCCAUGACUCCCUUCUACCCCACCCACCACUGGCAGGGCGGGGGAUCUGGGGAGGAGCAACUCUGCGCUGACUUUCCGGAGCUAGACCUCUCCCAGCUGGACGCCAGCGACUUUGACUCGGCCACCUGCUUUGAGGAGCUGCAGUGGCGCCCAGAGAACUCCGAGACCGAACCCAGCCAGUACAGCCCCGACGAUCCGGAGCUCUUCCAGAUAAUCGACAGUGAGAAUGAGGCCCUCCUGGCAGCACUCACCAAAACCCUGGAUGACAUCCCCGAAGAUGUUGUGCAUCUGGCCGCCUUCCCAGCCCUGGAUGACGGAGACGCACCCUCCUGCGCUUCUGCUUCGCCUGUCCCCUCAUCUGCGCCCCCAAGCCCCUCCCUGGAGAGGGCCCCAGCCUCAGCCCCUGAAGUGGAUGAGCUCUCGCUGCUGCAGAAACUCCUUCUCACCACGUCCUACCCAGCCUCAACCUCUGACAGCCAGAAGGAAGGGACCGCCUGGCGCCAGGCAGGCCUCAGGUCUAGAAGUCAGCGGCCUUGGGUCAAGAUGGACAGCGCCCAAGACAGGAAGGCCCCCAUGAUGCAGCCUCAGACCCGGAGCUGCACAGAGCUGCAUAAGCACCUCACCUCGGUGCCGUCCUGCCCCCGGGCUAAAGCUCGCUCCCCUGAUAGGGUCCUCCAGCCACCACCACCCCUGAGUCCCUGGGUCCCUGCCAAGGAGGAUGAGGAGGCGGGUGAGGACUGCCCGAGUCCCCAGCCGGCUCCAGCCUCUCCCUGGGACUCCCCAGCACCGGGCAGGGCAGACCCCGGCACCCAGGUGUCCCAGGAGGACAUGCAGGCCAUGGUGCAGCUCAUUCGCUACAUGCACACCUACUGCCUUCCCCAGAGGAAGCUGCCCGCACAGGCCCCAGAGCCAGACCCCCAGCCCUGCAGCAGCCCCGCCCAGCAGGUCAGACCCCGGCCUCGGUGCCAGCACCCUUCCAAAGCCACCUGGGCUGAGUUCUCCAUCCUGAGGGAACUUCUGGCUCAAGAUAUCCUCUGUGAUGUCAGCAAACCCUACCGCCUGGCCACGCCUGUCUACGCCUCCCUCACACCCCGGGCCCGGCCCAGGCCCAAAGACAGCCAGGCCUCUGCGGGCCACCCCUCCCCCGUGGAGGAGGUGCGGGUCGCGGCUUCACCCCAGAGCUCGGGGCCCAGACCCAGCCUGCGCCCGCUGCGGCUGGAGGUGAAAGGGCACAUCAGCCGGUUGGCCAGGCUGCAGCCUGAGGAGGAAGAUGAGGAAGAGGAGGAGGAAGAAGAAGAAAAAGAGGAAGAGGAGUGGGGCCGGAAAAGGCCGGGCCGGGGCCUGCCGGGGACCAAGCUGGGGAGGAAGCAGGAGAGCUCUGUGUGCCCCGUGCGGCGUUCCAGGAGACUGAACCCGGAGCUGGGGCCCUGGCUGACGUUCACCGAUGAGCCCAUGGUCCCCGCGGAGCCCCAAGGGGCUCUGCCCUCGCUGCGCCUGGCCCCUGAGGCCUACCACGUGGAGGGGGAGCUGGGCAGCCCCGCGGACGAGGACAGUGGCCAAGACCAGCAGCUCCGACGGGGACCCCAGAUCCCAGCUCUGGAGAGCCCCUGUGAGAGCGGGUGUGGGGACACCGACGAGGACCCCAGUUGUCCGCAGCUCUCUUCUGGAGACUCUCCCAGGUGCCUCAUGCUGGCCUUGUCGCAAAGCCCCACUGGCGACCCUCCUUUUGGCAAGAAGAGCUUCGAGCAGACCUUGACAGUGGAGCUCUGUGGCACAGCAGGACUCACUCCGCCCACCACGCCUCCGUACAAGCCCACAGAGGAAGACCCCUUCAAGCCAGACAUCAAGCACAGCCCAGGCAAAGACAUAGCUCCCACCCCGGAGGUUCCCUGGCUCGGGGCCGCCGCAGAGGCUGCCCGCAAGCUGCCGAAGAAGCACCCAGAGCGGAGCGAGCUCCUGUCCCACCUGCGGCAUGCCGCAGCCCAGCCAGCCUCCCAGGCUGGCCAGAAGCGCCCCUUCUCCUGUUCCUUUGGAGACCACGACUACUGCCAGGUGCUCAAGCCAGACGGCGCCCUGCAGAGGAAGGUGCUGAGGUCCUGGGAGCCAUCUGGGGUCCACCUUGAGGACUGGUCCCAGCAAGGGGCCCCGCGGGCUGAGGCACAGGCCUCUGGCAGGGAGGAAGACGGGAGCUGUGAUGUCGGCGUCCCCACCAAGGACAGUACGCUGCUGAGAGACCACGAGAUCCGCGCCAGCCUCACCAAGCACUUUGGCCUCCUGGAGACAGCCUUGGAGGAUGAAGACCUGGCCUCCUGCAAGAGCCCCGAAUACGACACCGUCUUUGAGGACAGCAGCAGCAGCAGUGGCGAGAGCAACUUCCUCCUAGAGGAGGACGACGAGGAGGAGGAGGAUGACGAGGACUCAGGGGUCAGUCCCCCUCGCUCUGACCACUGCCCCUACCAGAGCCCACCAAGCAAGGCCAGCCGGCAGCUCUGUUCCCGCAGCCGCUCCAGCUCUGGCUCCUCGUCCUGCCGCUCCCGGUCACCAGCCACGCGAAGGACCUUCAGAUGUGAGAGCAGAGGGUCGUGUUCAGACAGAACGCCAAGUGUCCGGCACACCAGGAAGCAGCGGGAAAAGGCCAUUGGUGAAGGCCGCGUGGUGUACGUUCGAAAUCUCUCCAGUGACAUGAGCUCCCGUGAACUGAAGAGGCGCUUCGAGGUGUUUGGAGAGAUUGUGGAGUGCCAGGUGCUCACGAGAAGCAAGAGAGGCGAGAAGUACGGCUUCAUCACCUACCGGUGUUCUGAGCACGCCGCCCUCUCUCUGAGGAACGGCGCUACCCUGCGGAAACGCAGCGAGCCCUCCUUCCAGCUGAGCUACGGGGGGCUCCGGCACUUCUGCUGGCCCCGCUACACUGACUACGAUUCUAAUUCAGAAGAGGCCCUGCCUGCGUCAGUGAAAACCAAGUACGAAGCCAUGGAUUUUGACAGCUUACUGAAGGAGGCCCAGCAGAGCCUGCACUGAUAACAGCCUUAACCUUCGAGGAAUACCUCAAUACCUCAGACAAGGCCCUUCCAAUAUGUUUACGUUUUCAAAGAAAUUAAGUAUAUGAGAAGGAGAGAGAGCGAGUGCGUGAGAGAGAGAGAGAGAGAGAGAGAGAGAGAGGCUUGGAACUGCUGUCCUUUUAAAACAAACAAAAAAAUCAAUGUUUACAUUGAACAAAGCUGCUUCUGUCUGUGAGUUUCCAUGGUGUUGACGUUCCACUGCCACAUUAGUGUCCUCGCUUCUGACGGGUUGUCCUGGGUGCGUUCCAGACGCUGAGUCCGUCACCCGCCUCCCCUUCCUCCCCGACCGACGUCCCCUCGUAGACGUGCAGCUGUGUUCACCAUACCAUUUCUUGUCUGUAGUGUGUGAUGAUGAAAUCGUUACUUGUGAAUAGAAUCAGGAUUAUAAACUCAUUUUUAAUUGAAGAAAAAAAAAGUAUAUCCUUAAUGUAUUUAUGGCUCAGAUGUACUGGGCCUGGGAUUAUUGUAUUGCUUCCUUGAUUUUUUAACUACGCACUGUCGUGAGGUGUUUGCCACUGAGCUGCACUGCUCCCUUUGCCAGAAUGCCCCAGAGGUGCUGGGUGGCCGGAAGCCUGGUCACCGGGGAGGUGUGGCAUGCAGCCACAGCUGGGAGGAAUGGAGAGAGGUUUCUGGGCCUCUUCUGCUGAGCGCUGCCUUGUCUCUCAUUGAGCAAGUUUGGGUCCAUUUACAAUCAGAGCCCUCAUCUGGUGUCCAGCUCACGCUUAGAAUUUGUGCCUGGCCGUGAGUGCUCAGAUCCUUGCGGACCUUGGAAGGAAGGUGGGGUGAGCUGCGUUAUUCCCGUUUUCCAGGCAGUGCCCCAAGAGGCAAAAUGACUUGCCCAGGGUCCCACAACCAGUGAGACUACAGAGGAACGGCCCAGCCCGGGCCUAUCCUAGGAUAAAGAGGCAAAGUUGCAAGGACUGGUAGAGGUGGGUUCAGCUAAAAAGGACAACAGGCUAGACGCUUCCAGGCUCAUUUUGUGGGGGUAAGUCAAUGGCUGUCUCACCAGCAUGGGGCAAGUUUAGGCUCUGGUACCAGUCUUGAUCCAAGGGGUCCUGUGGUUUGCUUAUACCUGUGGACAUGCCAUCACAGCUUCAGUGAUGCACCUGGGGUGACACAGAGAGGCAACCUGGGAGCGGUCAUUCAUCCUUUUUGGGCCAGUCACCAGCCCAUCCUCCUUCAGCUUGACUUCCCUUUUCUUCACCUGUAAAGUUGUUUUGGUGGCAUGGGGCAAGGGGAGCAGGAGGGAGACAUGAGGGAUGGGGAUGGACAAGACAAUCUCCAAGCUCCUCUCCGACGUAGAAAACGUUCAUUGGGCUUUACUUUAAAAUUUGUGUUCUUGAGUGAUGUCAGAGCCGUGUCCAGCUUGGAUGUUCUGCAGGUGCCUUGGGGGCCGUUUGUGAGGGAGAGCAUGGCCAGGAAGGGUAAGAGUGCAUUGCUUCUGCUUCAGACAGAGCGGCUCCAACUUGGUCUCUUUCACACAUCAGGGUUCCUUGGGAAAUUUUUGUGUUUAAAA